UUUUAGACUGCACGUUGACCAACUGUUGGAACUGUUCGACGACCUCGAGGCAAUCUUGGCAUCGAGUAAAGACUUCUUGUUGGGAACCUGGCUGGAAAUGGCGAAAGAUCUGGGCGACGACAACGCGGAAUCGAAAUUAUACGAGUACAACGCGAGAAACCAGAUCACGUUGUGGGGGCCGCGGGGGGAGAUAAGAGAUUACGCGAACAAACAGUGGUCAGGAAUUGUCUCGGAUUAUUUCAAGCCACGUUGGGCUGCUUUCUUGAACGAGCUUAACGUCAGCCUGACGAAAGGGACGAGGUUCAACGUCACGAAAAUCAACGAACAGAUGUUCCAAGAGAUCGAGAAACCGUUCACCCUCUCCACGAAAGUUUAUCCAACAAUUCCGACAGGUGACAGCAUCGACAUAGCAAUGCGAAUUCAAUCGAAAUGGUACCAACCUACUACUUCUGCUUCAUUCAGCUCCGUAAGAAGUCUAAGUAGCAAGGGAAGAAUGUAACGUUUUUUAAGUAUUUGUUACUAGCCACUAGGCUGUUGUGCGACAAAUUCUACGAAAACGUUUGAAAGAAAAUAUACAUAUAGGAAAUGUAUGGAAAGUUCAUGAUGAAUUCCGAACGAUUAUACACAUUCUGUUUCACAGAGGAAAUGUUUCAAGUACUAAUUUGGAACUCAUUUUCUUUUCUGUUUUAAUAAAUGAAACUUCUAGGAAUCA